AUGGUAAAGCAACUGACAGAAGAAGAUGUAACACCAAAUAUUGAACUGUUCGAACAAAACGGAUUCUUAUUGACAUAUUCAUUAUAUUGGAUGACUAUUUCUAUACUUCAAAUUGAUUUACUUUGCACAGUCUAUGUAAUUUAUCGAACAUUUAAAAAAUGGAAUUCGUCAAAUAAUGGCUUAUCAAUGGCUUACAGAAUACCCUUUUAUAUAGCUAUUAUAGUAUGCGUAGGAAUUCAACAACCUAAUUAUGGAAGAUUUGAUUAUAAAUUAUUUAUUGUGCCAAUUGGUUCAGCAAUAUGUUCAACCAUUGUCGCUCGCCCAACUUUUAGAAGCGAUGAAUUUUGGUGCUAUACGAGCGAUGAAUUUACAACUAUACCAAAAUUUUUAUUAGCUAUUGAUUUUAUCAUAUUAGUUUUAACAUUAUUUUGUUAUGUGAGUAUCAUCGUUAGAAUAAAUUCAGCAGAACUCAAUAACACAAAUCGUUCAUUUUUGAUCGCAUCAAGAAAAAUCGUUGGAUAUUUAACGAUGUACAUUAUUCAAUGGACACCUUUGAUGUCUUAUGUAAUAGCUGAUAUUUUAGAUCAAGAGUAUGCUUCAGUAUUUUUUAUAUCUGUAAACUUCAUCGCGUUCGGAGGAAUAUUAAAUAUGAUUCAAUAUGUUAUAAAUGAAGGCUGGGUAAAUGAAAACAAAUCCGGUCUUUCUUCGUUAUCAUCAUCAACUGAAUUAACAGCCUCCAAUGAUAAUAAUAUUAUUAUUAGAGUUCACGUUCAGAAUCAGAAUAAUGAUACUAUGGUUGAUGAUGACCUAUCAAGUAUUGAUAAUAAGAAUAAGUAG